AUGGCAAUUUCUGAUGAAUCCAGCAGUGUUGCUACUGGCAAUAGGGUUUCCAGGAACGGAAUUACCGGAGGGAUGGUCAUACUUGAUCACAUCCACCCGUUAUAUCUGCAUCCUUCGGACGGACCGGGAUCAAUGUUGGUGGGUUUUUUAUUGACUGAUAUGGAAAACUACACUCUUUGGAAUCGAGCUAUGAAAGUGGUUCUAUUUGGGAAGAACAAGCUGUGUUUAGUUGAUGGUUCAACAUCCAAAGCUGAUUUUGGGCCGACACUUGGACAUCAGUGGGAUCGUUGCAACGCGAUUGUCACCUCAUGGCUAAUGAGUAAUGUAAGUCAACACCUAUUGACUGGAGUACUCUUCUCUGCGAAUGCUCAAACUGUUUGGGCACAAAUCAAAGAGAGAUUUGACAAGGUGAAUGCUUCUAGACUCUACUACUUGCACAAAGAAAUUUUUACCUCUACCCAAGCUGAAUAUGAUUCGAUUCUGCCACCACCACCUACAAAAGAUUAUGUUGAGCAAUUAGAAUUUCAACGUCUGCUAAAAUUCCUAAUGGGAUUAAAUGACAGUUUUGAGCAAGCUAGAAGUCAGAUACUUAUGAUGCCUACUGUGCCAACUAUUAAUCAAGCGUAUGCAAUGGUUAUGCAAGAUGAAAGCAGACGAUUGAUUUCAGGAAAUAAUUUUAGAGGGAUUGGACAUGUUGAGCCUACUGCAAUGUUCACUGUACAAUCAGGGAACAAGCAGAGGAAAAAUUAUAGCUUGGAGUGUGAUUUUUGUCACUUGAAGGGUCACAUGAGAGAAGGCCGUUAA